CUUUCCCCUUUUCCCUUUCCUCUUUCUUCUUUCGGCAGAGUUCACACUGUCCAAUCAUCUUUCGACCUAAAUUCAACUACAAUCAGAAAACAGAAAAUGGGGAAGAAGAUGCUGAACCACGAAGAACAGCGUAAGCUGUUGGACCUCCUGAAAUCGGCGUCGGAACAACGGCUGAUGGAAGAGAUCUUGUCCGAAUUCUUCAGCAACGCCGACCUCCGCCUGUUCAAUAUCUGUUACUCUCUCUCCCUACUUUUACAGGACAAAAGACAACUCAGUUCUUCCGAGCGAUUGGUUGCAUUUGCUAUUCUUCAUCAGAGUUAUUCCUCCCAAAAGCCUUCUGCAAACCCAUUUAUAUCUUUUCUUGUAAAUGCUGCAUGUGAUGAUAAAGCUGAGAAAUUUGAGAGGGCAUUCAUUAUCCAUUUGUUAGGCUCUGGCAGCUCCAACAACAGUAAAGAGAUUGUGAAACUGUCUGCUGCAGAUUACAUCAAAAGCUUUGAUCCUUCCUCUCAUGCUUUUCCACAACGAGAGCAGCUGCAGCAGCAGUACUGUGAUAAAGUGCAUCCUGAACCGUAUACUUCAACUUUUAAAAUUGCUGCCAUAAGAAAUGUGUUGUCAGACCCUGAUGUUCCCUUUGGUUGUGAUGCAAAUUCACCAGAGUUCAAUUCGCAACUUGGAGGCAAACCUAAACUUGGAUCUGGGGAUAGAGAUGAAGCUGUAAAUGGUUUGUUGGCAAAUAUGUCUGUAGGAGGAUUAAGUCCUUGCUUGAUCAGGCCUAUUCCACCAAUGUUCCCUGUAGAUGAGAGGGAGCUCGUCUGGCUCAAUCCUGAUAAUAAUCACGGGCUUCAAUGGGAUCAUGGUAUGUGUGCGGAUGCUAGCAGGGGAACAGCUGUUAGAGACUUGAUUGCAAAGGCUUUGAAGGGUCCACUUGCACCUCCACUACAAGAGCACGUCCUGGGGGAGCUAGCCAAUGACCCAAAGCUUGUAUAUCAUUGUGGGCUGACUCCAAGGAAGCUGCCAGAACUAGUUGAAAACAAUCCUGUCAUUGCAGUCGAAGUCUUAACCAAGUUGAUAAAUUCACCUGAAAUUGCUGAGUAUUUUACAGUUCUGGUUAACAUGGACAUGAGUCUACACUCAAUGGAAGUUGUGAACAGACUCACAACAGCUGUCGAACUUCCAAAGGAAUUUGUCCGUAUGUAUAUAAUCAAUUGUAUUUCAUCCUGUGAGAACAUCAAGGUACCCAGUCCUUAAACAUGUUUUUGGUUCUUUUCUUGCUAGUUUGUAAUUCAAUGGGAAUCCCACAGCUAACAAGUGGGAAAUGUAAUAGCACUUUUGUUUUAGUAAUGGAAACGGAUUGGUUAUUUUGGUCUAAAAGAAUCUUAUGUGAAGUGUAUCUACCCCAAUAAAAUGUCUGUAAAGAAAGUGAACUUGACGCAAGCCCACCAUACCCCCUAACCUGUCCCGUGUCAGCAGUUUUAUAAAAUUAUAUUUUGCAAAACCUUAUGGAGGAUGGUUCUCGUGUAUCUUAUUCUUAGGUCCUCCAUUUUAUUGAAUCUGUUCUAAGCAGAAUACUCCUACCCAACCUGCUUUAUGCUUUAAAUUUUUUGAAGUUACUGAGACAAUAAUUGGUGGCUCUGAUGUGCAGGCGAGUAUUAUCUUUACAUUAACAAGUUUCUGUUAUGUUUCAGGAUAGGUACAUGCAGAACAGACUUGUACGACUUGUAUGUGUUUUUCUGCAGAGUUUAAUCAGGAACAGAAUUAUUGAUGUUAAGGAAUUAUUCAUUGAGGUUCAAGCCUUCUGCAUUGAGUUUCCAGGAAUUCGCGAAGCAGCUGGAUUAUUUAGGCUUUUGAAAACCAUAGAAUCCUCUUCUUGAAGUUAAGGACUUAUCCAUUGAGGUUCCAGCCUUCUGCAUUGUGUUUUCACGAAUUCGCGAAGCAGGUGGAUUAUUUAGGCUUUUGAAAACCUCGAAAUCUUAAGCAGUGAAUUUGAUUUUCCUUCUCUAAAUUCUUUUCCUACUUUGUAGAUAGUAGUACUAUUAGCAUUUACUUUUCCUAGGUUUGCACUUUUGUGAUCCAUAAACAAGAGAAAUGGUCUCCUCUUCUAUAAAAACUACAUUCGAAUCUGGGAUUUCACAUUGUUUAGUAAUUUUUUUUUUUCUUUUCAUUUGGGGUAAGGAGUAAUAUAUGAUACUACUAUUUGCUUACCCUCUCACUCUAACCCACUUUUUUAAUGGAAAUUAAAAAUUAAAAUUAAAAAUUAAAA